AAAGGUCAAAGGUCGGGAGAAAGUUGCUUCCUUGGUGAUGAGCAGCAAAAUAGCCUCGGGGACAUUUUUGUGGCGUUUCGACUCGUCUUCCUGCAAUAUUCAACUGUUUAUGUGCUGGGCAGGUGCUGGGUAUAACAUGUGAACAGUUCAGUAGUACUACCAGUUCCAUCUUGUAGAAGCAGUUUUCUUGUGUUUUGGUUCUGGAGGUGAGACAACUAUGGGCUGUGGAGCGUCCCACAACUACAACUACCAGUCACAGGUGGAGAACGCAUGGCUACAGGUUGAAGGUACAGUGGACAAGUCUGCUGAAAAGGGCAAGAACCUUGUGAUCAAGAGGUCGGGAUGGAAAACCAUCAGAAUAUUCGUGUCCUCAACAUUCAAGGACUUCAAAGCAGAAAGGGAAAUGUUGGUAAAACAGGUGUUCCCUGACCUGAGACUUUGGUGUGAGAGUAGGAGGCUACAUCUGGUGGAGUGUGACCUGAGAUGGGGCGUCCCUAAAGACACCACCACAGAGACCACCCUGCGCACAUGUCUGAGUGAGAUUGACAGGUGUCACCAGGAUAACGUCAUGCCAUUUUUUGUCAAUAUGACAAGUGAGCGGUGCGGUUGGGUGCCUGCAGUAGAAGAGGUCCCCCAGGCUGUUGUUGACGAGUAUCGCUGGAUAUUUGGACUGUCUGUUACUGAGAUGGAGAUCAUGCACGCUGCCUACAGGAGAGACAACCCAAACUCUCUGUUCAUGAUCAGAAAUGCCUCCUUUAUGGACACUGUACCAGACCUUCACAAAAAGGAGUUUUUGGACGACAACCCCAUGGCAUCUCAUAAGAUGAAGAUGCUGAAGACCAUGUUACAGAAUCGAUUUUCAGAGAACAGAGUGAUCUACUAUGACUGUGAGUUUGACUACAUCGACAAGGACAGGGACAAGGUAUAUCUGAAGGGGCUGGAUGGGGUCUUUACACAAAAGGUUCUGGAGUUCUUCAAAGACAGGAUCUCGAGGCAGUAUCCCCUUGAUAACACCCCUGCCAACCCUUACCAGAGACAGAGGGAGGCUCACGAGUCAUUCAUGAAGAACCGUGCGGAGGUGGUGUUGGGGAGGGACCUGGUGCUGAGAGAGAUUCAGGACCACAUUGCUGGGAUUGCAGUAGAAGCACCGCUGGUGUUAGUGGCAGGACCAGGGUCAGGGAAGUCUGCUGUCAUGGCAAGAACAGCCAACGAUACAGUUGUUAACGCCCUACAGAACACAAUCCCCGGGGCAGGAGACAAAGGCUGGCAUGUGUUCUUUCACUUUGUUGGUGCCACACCAGGAUCCACAGACCUGGAACUCAUGCUGAAGAGACUGCUGAAGGAAUUGGGCGUGGUCAAUGACUCCACCAUGCCCAAAGACCUAGAGUCUACAGUACAGCUGACGACAGCAGUGCUGUCCAACCCAAACACCAGACCAACUGUCAUCAUCCUAGAUGCUGUCAAUCAGUUUGAGGAGGUUGCUGCUGCCAUGAACAUGAGCUGGCUGCCGGGGAAACUGGCUCCUCAGAUCAGAUGUGUGUUCUCCAUGAUUGGAGACACACCUCCUCACAAGGCCCUCAAGACCAGGUCCAUCAAGCCUAUUGAAACCACACUGGAGCCACUGGAUGAACAAGCAAGACAGGAAAUAGUGCGGACGAUGUUAUCAAAGUACAACAAGAGACUGGACCACUCCCAGAUGAACAGUCUGCUGUCUAAGGACUCCUCAGCUAACCCCCUCUGGCUGUCCAUCGCCUGUGAGGAGCUCAGGGUCUACGGGGUGUUCGAGAAAGUCUCCAAGAAGAUCGAGGGUCUUGCAGAUGGACUCUUAAAUUUGUUGACACAGGUUCUGGAAAGGUUUGAAGAGGAAAAUGGUGGUCACCUGUUGGUGGCUACUCUGUGUCUGUUGGAGUGUUCCAACACCGGACUGUUGGAGACUGAACUGUUGAGGAUACUGGCUGAUGAGGACAACCUCAUGCCUAAAGACAUGCCGCACAAAAAACGAGGAAAAGCCAACGUUGAAAAGCUUGAGAUUCUACCGAUGGCAAAGUGGGCGGUUGUUUACCGUGGAUUGCGCACAUUUCUGCGCCCGUUUGGUGAGAGUGGGGAGGGCAGACUAGAUUUCUACCACAGGUCCCUCAGCAAAGCUGUCAGGUCAAAGUAUUUCCUGGUUGAUGAUGCAGAUGAAGACAGGGUCCAGGCCAGGUACAACUGGUGGCACAGCAAACUGGCCAACUUCUUCCAACAUGUGGGGAACAUAGACAGAAGGGUGGAGGAGUACCCCUACCAGCUGACCAAGAUAGGUGACCACAGCAGACUGGCUGAGUGCCUGUUGGAGUGGGACGUGUUUGAUCACCUGUACAAUGAAGACUACAGCAGUCAGCUGCUGGCUUACUGGAGAGCUGCUGGAGGAGCAGAAGAGAUGGAGACCAGGUACAAGACAUCUCUGAAGGAGCUGGAGAAUAAGGGGGAUGUCCCCAAGGAGACACUGGGCCUGAGAUACCUACAGGUGUCCAGAGUCAUGACUCAGGGAGGACGGCAUGAAGGUGCGGAGGAGAUGCUCGCUCCCGCGGUCAGGAUCGAGCAGGACGAUCUGGGAGGGCGGCCAGAAAGGAUGGCUCAGGUGUACGAACUCACAGCAACCAUCUAUACUGAGAAACUGAAGCUGUAUGACUUUGUGAGUCCUCAGCAACUGACAGAACUCAGGCCAGCGAUUGACAACGGCACUAAAGCUGUGGAGCUCAGGGAAACUCUACCUCAGGAAGACAAAAACAAGUUUAAGCUCGCCAAAACCCGGAUGCAGCUGGCCUUUAACAUGGAGAGUUGGCAGGCGUGUCUCCUGGAUGAGAGGCAGUACCCCGAUGCAGCGGCGUUCCUCAACAAGGCACGGGCAUCACAGGAGGGCAACAGACACAUCGACCUGGCCAUGGAGACUUUCAAACAAUUGCGAGAUGAUGGGCACCUUGCUGAAGCCAUCAUGACCAAGGCCAUCCUAGCAGACAGAGGCAGUCAGGUUCAGCUGGAGUUGUAUGAAGAAGCCUUAGCUCUGUGUCUACAAACCUACGGAGAAAACCACAUCCUGACCUCCCGUCUGUACAUCAAUAUCGGCAUCUACUACGAGGACAGGGCACAGUACAGGGACUCCUACAAACACUUCAAGAAGUGGUACCAGACAUGCCUGGUGGUGUUCGGUCCGGACCACCCCAAGAGCAAGCGAGCGGCAGGGACAUUAGAAGAGCCGUUAUAUCGUAGGAUACGGCAGAUGGAUGAACGGGGGGAGCUGUAAGGCAGUAUAGCUGUAGUUUGUGUAAAAUUUAGGUGCAAUUUUUCUGGUUUUCCAGGUGUGGGUAAUGGAAUCCCACCUCUGACACCAUUUUUCAAGACAUUGUUUGAAUAUCCUACCCAUUACUGUUCUUUUUUUAAAUACUUUUUCAGCAUAUAAUGACAUUUGGAGUUUAAAUAUGUUGGCUCAAUAUCUUGAAUAUUUGAACUUGUACCUUUUAUGUCUUAAGUGUAAGACUACUGACCAUGGAAAAGUCAACAUCUGUU